CUCAACAUGAUGAUACUGAAGGCACACUUAUAAGCGUUCUCGGCCGAUAGCCAUGUGCCUACCCUAGAGCAUUAGCACAGUCAUACUUAGCACUCGAUGCAGCUGCAGGAUCAGCUUCCAUGGCUGUAAAUGAAUCGUAGGAUUGACCAAUGUCGUCUUUCAAAUUUUUAUGACUGAAACAGUCCGUGAAUGCCGGACACCGGCAGCUCAGUUGAAUAACCACGUCCAUUGUGGUUAAAUUAAGACUCUCAAGGUUCACACAACGCGUCUCAACACUACGACCCAAUGCUAACACCACACGAACGAGAUCCUCACCCGGGUUCAUUCAUCUUCAGCGAUAGGCCCUACCUGAAGAAGUCCUCUCUGUACUCUUUUGAAGGGCGAGUGAUAGUGCCGACCGCAUUCACUGAUACGCCGGUACUCGCGCAGUCCGCCUCUCGGCUACCCUACAACACAUGCAACCUCCGCCGCCAGCCGCAAACCGCCACCAACUUCAUUCAUCCCUUGCGGUGAGUGACCAGCCUUCUUCACUUCCCUCAUCCUCCAACUCACGCGCAUCAGCAUCCGGGCCUCCGGAUAACGCCAUGAUGAGGCUCCUCACUAUCCUGGCAGCGGCCAUGCCCGCCUGCCUGGCCAUCACGCCCUUCUCCCUCCACCCCAUCCCACGCAUCCACGCCCAGCGGGAAGCGAGCCUCACCGCGGCCACGCUCAACGCCACCCAGCGUCCGUCCUACAACUUCUCCGUGCCCAUUGACCACUUCCACAAUGACACGCGCUACGAGCCUCACGCAGACGGCACCUUUCCCCUCCGCUACUGGAUCGACGACACCCACUACAGACCUGGCGGGCCCGUCAUCAUGAUCGGCUCCGGCGAGCUCACCUCCGUCCUCCGCCUGCCCUACAUCGAGCAGGGCAUCGGCAAGAUCCUCGCCGAGGCCACGGGUGGACUCGCCGUCCUCCUCGAGCACCGCUACUACGGCUCCUCCUACCCCGUGCCCGACCUAAGCCCGCUCAACAUGCGCUUCCUCAGCACCGAGCAGGCCCUCGCCGACACGGCCUACUUUGUCCGCCACAUCCGCUACCCGGGCCUCGAGCACCUCAACCUCACCUCCCACACCACCCCCUACAUCUUCUACGGCGGCUCCUACGCCGGCGCCUUUGCCGCCCUCCUCCGCAAGAUCUACCCGGACGACUUUGCCGGCGCCAUCUCUGGCAGCGGCGUGCCCCAGGUCAUCGACGACUGGUGGGCCUACCUCGAGGCCGCCCGCCACUUUGUCCACCCGUCCUGCGUCAACGCGUCUGCCGCUGUGACCGUCAUUUUCGACGCCGUUCUGCUGGGCGACGACCGCGACGCCGUCCGCACCGUCAAACGCUGGUUCCAGCUCGAGGACCUGCUCGACGACGACUUUGCCUACACCCUCCACUGGGGCCUCAUGUCCCUCCAGGCCACCCACUGGGACCCGGACAUUGACGAGGCCGACCUCGCCCAGUACUGCGCCGCCAUCACCUCCCCCGUGCCGUGGUACGCGUCCACGCGCACCCUCGGGCCCGAGGUCCGACGCAUCCUGCGCCUCGCCGGCCACAACGAGGACCAGGACGGGAUGGAGGCCAUGCUGCUCAACUUCAUCGGCGCAACGCGCAAGACCAUUGCCCAGCUCCAAACGUGCGAGCAGGACAACCUUCUCGGCCAGCACUGCCUGUCCAAGCGCGGCGCCAUCGAUGACGAGAGCAUCCCCCAGGGCAUGCUCCGUCCCUGGACCUACCAGACCUGCACGCAGUGGGCGUACUUUGUCACCGGCACCGGCACCCCGGACGGCGUGGCCCCGCUCAUGUCUCGGCUCGUCACGUACGAGUACGCGACCAUGUGGUGCCCGGACGUGUUCAAGAUCCCCGCCAAGCCGGACAUGGACUCCAUCAACAAGUACGGCGGUUUCAACUUUAGCCAUUCCCGACUGGCCUUUGUCGACGGCGAGCACGACCCUUGGCGCCAGGCGGGCGUCCACGCCUUGGGCCACAAUGAGGACCGCGAGAGCACCACUGACGAGCCCUUCCUCCUUGUUGAGGGCGGCGUGCACCACUGGGAUCAGUUCGGCAGUAAGUCCGACGCGCGCUCCAGCUGGGUGGCUCCCGAGAAUGUGCAGCUUGUGCAACAGGAGGAGGUUAGGUUUGUCAAAGCGUGGCUGAAAGAGUGGCACGAGGAGCGUGGCGUGACUAAGGAGGAGGACUUUGGUCUCGAACUGUGAUUAUAAGCAAUAAAUCGGAACGGAAAUCAUAUGUAUGAGAAAAUCAAAAGA